CCCCGGAGCCCUGUCUGCCAUGCGGUUCCUGUCUCUGGCCCCAGAUAGGCCCCGGCGAGGCGGCCCCCGCCACCUGCCCUCCGGCAGCCCAGCGCCACCGCCGCCGCCGCCGCUGCUUCUGCUGCUGCUGCUAGGUGGUUGCCUGGGGGUCUCCGGGGCGGCGAAGGGCUCUCGGAGGCCCAACGUGGUGCUGGUUCUCGCUGAUGACCAGGACGAAGUGCUCGGCGGCAUGACACCACUGAAGAAAACCAAGGCUCUCAUUGGAGAAAUGGGAAUGACUUUCUCCAGUGCUUAUGUGCCAAGUGCUCUCUGCUGCCCGAGCCGAGCCAGCAUCCUGACAGGGAAGUACCCACACAAUCAUCACGUGGUUAACAACACUCUGGAGGGAAACUGCAGUAGCAAGUCUUGGCAGAAGAUCCAGGAACCGAAUACUUUCCCAGCAAUCCUCAGAUCAAUGUGUGGUUAUCAGACCUUUUUUGCAGGGAAAUACUUAAAUGAGUAUGGAGCCCCAGAUGCAGGUGGACUCGGACACGUCCCUCUGGGCUGGAGUUACUGGUAUGCAUUGGAAAAGAAUUCUAAAUAUUACAACUACACUCUCUCUAUCAACGGGAAGGCACGGAAGCAUGGUGAGAACUACAGUGUGGACUACCUGACAGACGUCUUGGCCAAUGUCUCCUUGGACUUCCUGGACUACAAGUCCAACUCUGAGCCAUUCUUCAUGAUGAUCUCCACCCCAGCACCCCAUUCGCCAUGGACAGCUGCACCUCAGUACCAGAACGCCUUCCAGAACGUCUUCGCACCAAGAAACAAGAACUUCAACAUCCAUGGAACGAACAAGCACUGGUUAAUUCGGCAAGCCAAGACCCCAAUGACUAAUUCUUCAAUACAGUUUUUAGAUAAUGCAUUUAGGAAAAGGUGGCAGACUCUGCUCUCAGUGGAUGACCUUGUGGAGAAGCUGGUCAAGCGAUUGGAGUUCAAUGGGGAGCUCAACAACACCUACAUCUUUUAUACCUCAGACAAUGGCUAUCACACAGGACAGUUUUCUUUGCCAAUAGACAAAAGACAGCUGUAUGAAUUUGAUAUCAAAGUUCCACUAUUGGUUCGAGGGCCUGGGAUCAAACCAAAUCAGACAAGCAAGAUGCUCGUUGCCAACAUUGACUUGGGCCCUACUAUUUUGGACAUUGCGGGCUAUAGCCUGAAUAAGACCCAGAUGGAUGGGAUGUCUUUUUUGCCCAUUUUGAAAGGGGCCAGUAAUCUGACUUGGCGAUCAGACGUCCUGGUGGAAUAUCAGGGAGAAGGCCGCAACGUCACCGACCCCACGUGUCCUUCCCUGAGUCCUGGAGUGUCUCAAUGUUUCCCUGACUGUGUGUGUGAAGAUGCAUAUAAUAACACCUAUGCCUGUGUGAGGACCAUGUCGGAACUGUGGAACUUACAAUAUUGCGAGUUUGAUGACCAGGAGGUGUUCGUAGAAGUCUAUAACCUGACUGCAGACCCACACCAACUCAAUAACAUUGCUAAAAGCAUAGACCCAGAGCUUCUGGGAAAGAUGAACUAUCGGCUGAUGAUGUUACAGUCCUGCUCUGGACCAACCUGCCGCACUCCAGGGGUCUUUGACCCCGGGUAUAGGUUUGACCCUCGCCUCAUGUUCAGCAAUCAUGGCAGCAUCAGGACACGAAGAUUCUCAAAACACCUUCUGUAGCACCUGUGCGGUUGGAUCUCUGCUCACCUCUUUCUGAUGAAGUGAUUGGAGUAGGUGUCUGUAGCUAGUCUUCAAGACCAUGCCUGGAAGGGUUUCUGGACUGGCUUUAAGUCCUGUUUGAAAAAGCAACCCAAUCAGCUGACUUCCUUGUGCAAUGUGUUAAAACUGUGAACUCUGCCUGUGUGUCAGGAGUGGCUGUCCCUGGUCCCUUUAUUUAGCAGAUGACAAUACUCCUGAGAUCUUUGUUCUCACCAAACCCUUUUUGUCCUGCGGCCACAGUUUUUAAUUAGUCCCCAUGUGAUCUGGACUUAUAAAUCCAUUCAGAUAAAUGGCACUGCUUUGCUGGGGGUGGGAAAUGUUUUUGGUAUCCAGCUUGACCUAAAAUCGGAGGACCUGCAUAGCAUUCCAGAUUAAGCACUUCACUAUCAAAAAUACCAAUAUCACAUGGCUUGAAGAACCACCAUCAGAGCUGAACCACCUGAUUAAAGACAAAAACCAUUGGUUUUAGAUAGUAAAAAUACACUUUUUAUAAUAACCAUCACAAUGUGAUAAGGUCACAAAUUCAAAACUUAUCAACCAAGCUCUGUUCAUUUUUGGGAAUUCUGGGCUUGUGCUUCAUUGAAAUAGAACAAUAGCAAGCUUUUGGUACAGGCUAAUUCUAAGUAGUUACUGAAGGUGAUAGACAUCUACUUGCCAGUGACUGCUCACAUAGUGAGCCAGUUAACACCAGGGCUGUUGAGGGAAUUUCGCCCCUCUAAGAUCUGAAAGAUAAAGUGGGUUAAGUAUUUCAGCAGAGGACUU